AUGAACUCAAUAAAGAGCCAGAAGGGGGGACAGGCCAUAGCAGGAGGAGAUAAACUUGAUCUGAUUCCCUUCUUGAUUGAUUACCAUGUGCUGGCGGAGAUAUCGAAGGACUUCCUCACCAGGACAGUCUUGACCAACGAAGCUUCUUCUAGCAGCACUACUGAUAACAAACCAGCAGAAGCUGGGGAGCAGCUAGAGUGCUACGAGGGAUCUUUCAGGGGGAGAUAUCUUCAUGGGACUCAAGAUCCCAGAUGGCUAGUCCGGCUUAGUACUCUCAUCCUCAGAUGCCCACCUGGCUGCUCAAUCACCUGA